AUGUCGCGGUGGGAUAAACUCAUCGAAGAGACGGAAGAAUACAGACGGCAGGGUGCGGUGCAGGCUCAACUUCAGCUGGAAGGGAAGUUUGUAUUCCCGGCCGAUGAAGUUGCUCGGGUCGACCUGUCUAGGGAGCAGUGGAUAAGAGAUGUUCCAUGGCAUGAUCAUAUUGAAGAGUUUCUUGUCUGUGGAGCAAGAGUGAGGUUUGUUCAUUUACGGCCGGCUGCCGUUAAUACCGGUGAUAGCAGUGAUAGCAGUGAUUUGACGAAGAGGUCCAUCGUAUUUCUACAUGGAGAUGGGGGCUGGAGUUAUAUGUGGAGAAAGGUUAUGGCCAGACUUUACCAAGAAGGCCACGAGCUUUUUGCUCUGGAUUGGCUCGGUCAUGGAUUAAGCGACAAGCCUACCCAAAAGGAGUCUAUGACAUUCGAACUGCAUAUACGGACUUUGAUUGCCUUUAUCAACCAUGUGGAACUCAAUGAUGCUAUUCUGGUAGCACACCACUGGGGCGGAUGCAUAGCUCUAUCCUCCAUCCCUUACCUUCCUCCCUCGUCUUGCAGCGGUCUUUUCCUUAUUAAUUCCUUCUUGCCGCUUCGUCCUCGCGAGAUGAGCGUUUCCAGCCACCUUCUCCACGGGGUCUUGUUUCUUUUGAGCGGGAUCCUAGAUGGCCAUGUGUCCCAGUCUAGAAUCACAGAGUUCAUGUCUCCACACAUUUCGGAGCAAGAUCUUAAAGUGUACGGCGCACCUUAUCAAGACCUGCCCGCAAGCACCAGGUCUAGCGCGGAUCGGUGGGCACGCCUUGCCCCUGGAAUACCACACUUUGUUCUGAGACGCCUCCGCGAGACACCGGUUUGGAAGUGGUGCGAAGCUGUCCUUGGCCCGAGAAACUUCAGCGCCCUGAAUACCCUGGCACUCCUAUCGGAAAGAGAUGAAUUUGCGAGACGUUACUGGCAAAAGAAAUGCCAAGGAGAUAUGGAUAACGAUGGGGAGUGCAUGCUGAAGACAGUAGUGGCCUUUGGUGAACAGGAUCUACUGCUGAAAGACUACAAGGAUAUCCUGGUGCGUGUCAUUGGCAAGGGUAACCUGGCUGAUUGGGCACCAGAAGGGAUCUGGCUCCCAACUGCUGGUCACUACCCCAUGGAAGAUAGCCCAGGUGAUAUUGCAGGAUUGAUAGCCAGAUUUCCCAGCUCCAGUGACGAAAUCUGA